CGCCAACAGCAACAAAAACAAUCAGUGACGACAUAGUUAUUUUUGUUUUGAGUUUCACCACAUCGCACUGCAAAAAAUGUCGGACACCGCUUACCUGGACUCGUUGAGCAACAAGGAGCUGCUGGCCAAGUGCCUGCAGCUCGGCCUUCCCGGUGUCCCCGUGACGGACAGCACUCGCAGCGUGAUCAUUCGCCGGCUGAAGGCAGCAAUCACCGGGACUCCGCUGAACAACAGCAAAUCCUCGAGUAAGAAGCCCACGCCCAGACGUGAAACCGUGCACGGCAGCGAGGUGUCGACGCCCACGUCGGAGCCAGUGCGUCGUUGGGCCGGAAGAAGUGCGGCCCGCAGCGACGGCAGCAAGAUCAGUGAGCAGAGUCGUCGCACCAUCGCCUACGGGCUGGACAACACCUCGACCUCUGGGAGAUCGGUGCAGACCACGACCACCGUCUCGGAUGUGGGCUCCCAGUCGGAGGACGAUGACUUCUACGUGGUGGAUUCCCCCGGAAGCAGGUACCACCAGGACCAAAAGAACAGGCGCUCCGUGUCGCUGACCAAAUCCGGAGUGCUGACCACUUCGUACACCCGCGAGGUGGACCAGCCGCUGUACGAGCAGGAGGACAUACCCAGCAGCUACACCUACGAGAGACCAAAAGUGCCAGCCGCUCCUUUGCACACACUGCCCACAUAUGAGCCUCGCAUCGAACCCUCGACCUACAGACGCACAGAUCUGGGUUUCUCGCGACCCAUGCUGACCCAAUCCAAUCUGAACUCCACCAGCUACCAGGAGGCACCGGGAUUCAACCCAUCCCUUUCGCCGGUUUCGCCGAGGAACACUUUCAGCGGCUCCGCCAGGCCUUUUAGUGGUCCAGCGCCAGCUCCUGUGCGCCAGCGAACGAGCGUGGCGGCCAGUGGACACAACUUGGCACGUGGUCGCCUGCUGCAGCCCACCACAGCGGUGAACAGUCUUUAUCCGCAACUUAACCAGUUCUACGAUCAGCCAGACAAUGCAGGCGAGCCCAUGGAAACGGAGAGCGAGUCCGAGGCGGAGGAGGCCCCGAUCAGGAGCAGCCAUUUCGCAGCCAGACGCUCGUCACCACUGGCCAGGCCUCAGGUCAGGAAACCUCUGGUGAGACAGCAGGAUCAGGUGUCGCCCAUGGCGCAGUUCCGUGCCCUGAUGGUAUCGCUGGACCAGAAAUAUAAUCUCAAGUUCUACUUCAUACUCGUAGUGACCGUGAUGGUGGCCACCAUGAUCUAUGUGGUCAUGACGCCCAACUCCUAGGAGGCCCUAAUGUUACGUGUUACUGCGAUGGCCUUCAACAAUUUGGUUUCGGUUACUACAUGCAUUUUGAACCCGGACUUCAAGACUUCGCACAUUAAGACUACUUAAAAAUACCCAGACACGUUCAGAAGUUCACGUAUAUUCAGUUCAAAUUGCCAAGUCUUUAAUUGCUUGUUUUCGCAUAUGAUUUCUUUUUAUACAUAAUUAGAAAAAUGUACUACAUUAUAAUUAUUGUAUUAAAUAAACUAAUUAAAUGUAA